AUGGCAAAGAAAACAGUUUGCUCUGCGGGGUUAGAACUUUUGCCAGAAGUGCGGGGGCAGGAGGAGGGCCUGGGAGCAGAGCACCCGCACAGCUCCGCUGGCUGCCCCUGGAGAUCUGCCGCCCUGUUUGACCCGGAGGAGGAGGCUGCCCGCCUCCGCUGCCAGCUUCAGCGAAGCAUCCGACAAGCCCCGGCGGGCUCGGGUCCUCCUCUUCUGGCAGCGCGGCCGCGGCAGGACGGAGCCAGCGAAGGGCAGCCAGGCGCUGCGGGUGCACAGGUGGGGGGGGGGGGCGGCCCCAGCGGAGCUCCGGCUGGGAACUGCGGGGGGCCGGGCGGGGGCGGCAGGGCAAGCGCCAGGCACAGCCCCGAACUUGGGGCCGGGAUCCCGCGAGGGAGCGCCCUGGAAGCCGGCAGAAGCCUCGGGGGGGGGGCGGCCCUUUUCCUUGCGCAGGCGAGAGCGGAAAGGCGGCGCCCGGCCCGGCCCGCGCUGACGGCCGCUCUUUGUGCCCCGCAGGUCUCGGCGCCCGGCCCGCCGCUGCGCCCCUUGGCCCGGCCCGGCGGCCCCGAGGACGACCCGUGGCGGGCCAGGGCGGCGGCCCCGCGGGAGAGCGCGGCGGCGCUGAAGGCCUGGCUGGGCCGCCACCGGACGAACCCCUACCCGAGCAAGGGCGAGAAGCUGCUGCUGGGCCUGGCCAGCGGCAUGAGCCCGGCCCAGGUCUCCACCUGGUUCGCCAACGCCCGACGCCGCCUCAAGAAGGAGCCCCGCGCCGGCCCCGCCGCGCCCCAGGCCCGGGCCCAGCCCCAGGCCCCGCCCCAGGCCCCGCCGACGGCCCGCGAGGCCGAGAUCUGGCGCCCGGCUGAGCUGCCCGCCGGCGCCCGGGAGCAGGGCGGCACGGCGCUCCCGCCCUAG